AUGAAGACACCCCUCACAUCAAUCGGAGCCGAAGGUUUUGAUACUAUGUUGUAUUCCAGGGGCGUCCCGCUUGUCAGCCCAACAGCUUCCGAGCGUGAAACGAUUGGGAGGCUACCAUUCCUUGACACGACUAGUGCAGUGGAAGAAGAUUCAAUCAAUCUAACGAAAAGGGUUCUCAAAAUGGCCAUCGGAACAACGUCCAUUGGGACAAGCCAAGAUCAUCCGAUUCUAGCACCUCGACCUGAAGCAGCUACCAGGACAUCUAGUACCCAGGCCAACGUGGCUCCCGGAGCCACUGUGAGCAAGCCGAAUAGUCCAGCAGGUAUCCCGAGGCUCAACAAAUUUGUGCGACGCCUUUAUGAUAUGCUUGAAGCAGAAAAAAGCUCUGGAUUGGUGGAAUGGCGCAAAGGUCUCCUUGUCUUGUACUCAACAGAUGUCUUUGCAAAGAAGCUGCUCCCAAAAUACUUCAGCACUCAAAACUUCAAAACAUUUCGAAGACAGCUGAACUAUUACGGCUUCGUACACGUUAGGAGUUUCAGUACAUCAUCGUCAUCAUCAACAACAGCAUUAUGGGUGAACCGUUCCUUAGCCCAGGAAGGCAUGCCGAAUGACAUAUCUGCUGUCCUUCGACUCAAGAGAGUUGAACCGUGUGAAGGAGCAAAGACUGCAGAGGGACGUCGUCAUCGCAAGGAGAUGGCAAUUUCUACCGUUGAAGAAGAUAUUGGCGUCAGCGCAAGAUCCUUGGAACUGGAACAAAUCCAGACAAAUGCACUGCAUGAUCAUUCAACAGACCAUUUGUUUCACUCGAUCCCUCACCUCCUGUCUCUAGAAUCAGAAUGCAACUCUCGACAGAAACAAAAAGAAAUCCUUGACCUAUCAGUUCCGCUUACUGCCGAUGAGAAAUUCAAGGAUGCGAAGGUUGCUGAUCAAAGUGGGACCAAGCUUCACGAUUCACAGAAUGAUUGCUACGAUCCGACAAGUGCAACAGCAGCAACACUGUUGCUAAUGUUGUCAAGGGGUUAG